AAAAUCACCCCCGCUGUCAGCCGUGGUAAAUUCCGCCCUGAGUGUCCGUCUGUCCGGCCCGGGGAGUGGGCAUUGUCUGCUGUGCGGUGAUCAAUGUUAGUUUGGGGCACACUGCAGCGCGGAAGAGUCUUGACCCUUUACGCACUGAGCAAUCUGACGAUUCCUUCGACUUAUUAGGAAUUUCUUUUUUCCAUCCGCUAACUCGCUGUGUAGAGUCAUCCUGUGAAAGGAUACGGGAGAAGAAUAGAAGCCGGAUCGGGGCGUUGCUGGAGGAACAGUAGUUCGAUAUUGCUAAGGCUUGACGUCUCGGAAAUCCACACCAGAGGGGAGAUGAAACCGGAUGGGGUUGCCACGGCAGCCAUGGAACCCAUGGAUGCGAAGGAAGGGGCGGGGCCUGUGUGCGAGGAGCCGCAGCCGGCCCCACCCUCCGAGGUGAAGAAGCCUGCGGGGGAAGGGAAGCCCCCAGGUGACAAGACGAAGAGCGGCAAAUCUGGAGACGCCAAGGGCAAAGCGAAGGGCCCCACCAGAGCGAAGGCCAGCACCAACGUCCUCACCGGCACGAAGGCCAGUGCAACCUCUCCCAGGCCCAGCCCGGCGCAGAACCGCGUGCUCAACGGCGUCCAGAAGCAGCCGGCGUCAAAUGGGGUUCCGAAAAAAACCGCCCCCCCAGCGUCGGAGAAGAAGAAGCUGGCCCCGGCGCCGGCACCCGCCAAGAAGUCCGUCAGUCCGACCAAACCGGCGGAAAAGAAGCCGGCGGUUGCCAGACCCGCCUCCGCUCCCGCCGCGGCCGGCACGCCAUCGCCAAAGAAGAAAGCGGCAGCUGCGACGAGUAAUGAUGCGAAAGCGAAGCCCAAAACCGCAGCUCCCAGACCGACCUCGGCGGCUCCCGCAAAAUCCAGCACCGGAGCGGCAGCCAAACCUGAUAAGCCGGCAGUCUCCAUGGCUACCAGACCAGCUGCCGGUCCUCCGCCCCGGCCUGCACCUGCAGCCUCAGCAGGGAAACUAGCUUCCUCAUCAGCUCGACCAGGUCCUGUCAAGACUCCAGUGCCCUCUGCUGGUAAAGCCUCCACAACACAGUCUCCCAAGCCCCCAACUCCUGCAAAGAAAGAUGUUAGCCGAUCAACUUCCACUGUGGCCAAGAAGCCGACAGAGUCCCCUGGUCGUCCGUCAGCAGCCAAGACCUCCAAGAGCGAGUCUCCAAAGCCAGUAUCAGCCUCCAAGUCUGACGCUCCAAACAAGCGCCCCGUCUCCAGCGCAAAGCCAGCUGACUUCAAGCCCACACGUCCAAAACCCCAGGAGGUCAAAGCUUCCACAAGCCCCCGACCCUCUGGAUCCAAGCCUGGUGUCGGCAAGUCUGCCAGUCCCAAGAAAGCAGUGGGGAGCAGCACGCCAAUGCCUGUGAAACGCGCCCCUAAACCCACACCGCCUGUCAGUGCUGCUGAGGAGCAGACUGAGGAGAACCUGCAUCAGAAAGCUGCUGCUGCUUCUGUUUCCGACACCGCGGCACCAGCUCCUCAGGCGCCGGCGGCCGAACCAAAUGUGGGUCAUGCUCUCCAAAGGGAAGAGGCAGAAGAACUGCUGCCCCAGCCUGUUGACCUUGCAGAAGAAGAAACAAAGGUGGCCAACAUCUCCACUCCCAGGAAGGAGGAUUCCCAAGACUUGGUUGUCCUCUCAGAGCCCGAAGUGGCUUCUUUGGCACAGUCAUCUCCAUCCUCAACCCCUGCUUCUUUGUCUUUACAGGCACAAAGUGCCUCCCCUGUUGUGGAACCUGUAAUCUCUCAUGAUGACACCUCCUCCAAGGACCAGCCACCCAUGACAACCACAGAGGACUCAGUAGAAUAUGAACCAAAAAUUCAGCCUCAUGUUGAAUCAACACCACAGGUGUCUGCUUCCAUAGACCAGCUUGCAAUGAUCUCUCCUAUAGGAGAAACUGAGGUGGCUGUGGAGAAAGCAGAUGAAGAGAUCAAUGUAGACAAUGAUGAGGAUGAAGAAUAUGAAGAGAAAGAAGAUGAAGAUGAAAAGCAUGAGAAAAAGGAGUGCAGUAUCCAGUUGUCUGACAUGAGCAUGCCCCAGACCAAGUCAGAUGACCUAGAUCUAGACACUAAAGACAUAAAUGGCCACCAGGAGGAGCUAACGAAGCAUCCAUCUGUGUUCUUGGAGGAAACGGCAACACUUGAUGACCGGGAAGAGGUUAGUCUUAUGGGGAAAGACAGCGAAUCCACGGAUGAUACAACCUACGACUCAAGAAUCACUCAACACACCUGUGUGAUGCAGCUGGAGAAGGAGGAUGGACAACAGGAGGAGGAGGAGGAGGAGGAGGAAGAGGAAGAGAAGCAGUGGGAGGAGAUGGAGCAGCAGGAGAAGCAGCAGGAGAAGCAGCAGGAAGAAGAGGAACAGGAGGAAGAGGAAGAGAAACAUCAGUCGGAGGAGGAGCAGGAAAAGGAGCAGCAGCAGGUAGAGGAAACGAAGGAAGAUAAGCAUCAAUCAGAGGAGGAGCAGGAAAAGGAGGAGGAGCAGCAGGUAGAGGAGGAGGAGGAAGAGAAGCAGCAGGUUGAGCAGGAAGUGGAAUUCAGUUUGCAGCUGCCAGAGAUAUGCAGUAGUCAGCCCAUGGAGAAGUUCCCAGCUGAGACCAACUGCUCAGGAUUCCAGGGUCCAAUGCGGACAGAUUUAGAGCUUGAUGCUGAUCAUGUUGAUCAUGAUGAUGAUGAUAAUGGUGAAGAUGAUGAUGAUAGUGAUGAUAACGAAGAUGAUGAUGAUGUGAAGGGCAGUCAGCAGGAAGUACAGCAUCACAGCACUUUUGACUUACUGGAGACUACAGAGAGAACCUUCAGUUCGAUGGAAGCCAGGCUGAAGGGGAAGGAAUGUGAAAUAUUUGAUGCUCCAUCUCAUCAUUCAGAACUACUGCCAGAUAUCGCAGUGGAAAACAGAAGAGUGGAAGAGGAAAGUGAUACACAGGAGUUGGAGAGAAAGAGCCAGCCUAUUGCAGAAUACCUAACAGAGUUUACCAAUCUGGUCAGCUGCGCAGGAGUCCAGGGUCUCUCAAACCCAGUUAUAGAUGCUACAAAUGUAAAUGACUGUCACCUCGAAACCCAAAUACUCAGUACCCCUGACUUGCUAGGGGCUCUGGAGAGAACCAGUAACCAGGAAAGGGCCAGCUUGAUGGAAACAGAGGGUAAGCUGAUAGAUACCCUAUCUCAGAAUAAUGAUUCCACACCACAGAAUCCUCCUAUGGAAGAGGAGGAGACAGAAGAAGCACAGUUUAGUCUGCAAAUGUCAGAGAUGAGCAGUAGCUGGCAGAUGGAGGAGUUCCCAGCUAAGUCUGUUGACCUGAUUAGCUGUGUAAGUUCUCAGAGUCCCUCGACAGUGGAUAUGGGAAAUGAAGAUCUAAGUAAGAGUCAAGUAAAGACACUAGAGCAGGAUAUAUCUAUCUUGCCUGAGGGUAUGGAUGGCGCAUGCAUCCUGGGUGAGACCAACCUGAAGGAGGAAGAGGGUGCAGUUGUAUGUUCUGUGGCGCACCAUUUCAAUUCUGUGCAAGAAACUCAAGAAAAACAUGAAAAGGAAGAGGAUGAUGAUGAUGAGGAGGAGGAGGAGGAGGAAGCAGAUCAACAGGAUGACAUGGAUGUAGGGUCUGAACGAGCAGAAGACUGUCGGGGGGUACCACAUGAGGAUGAGGAAGAGGAUGAAGAUGUAGAGAUGGCCAGUGAAGUUGUCACAGAGGGCGGACUGGAGAGCUAUGAGAAUGUUGACGAGGAUGACCAUGCUGAGGGGGAACACUGCCUGUAUAACCUAAAUCUGACCCCGUCACUGCCCCCUGUCACCUCAGGACCAUGGGAUCAACUAUCCCUAAUAACAGCCAACCAGCCACUGGACCAAUCACUUGAGCCUGUUCUACCUGCCCAGCCUGCUUGGCUAGAUCUUGGAAAUACAUUACGAAAGGAAGAGCCUCUCCUCCAGGCAUCUGAUAAAUCCCCACUGGAUGAAGUUUCUAGGCCUGUGAUGCCAGGGUGCCAACCAAGCUCCCUGGGAGACGCUCAGCAGGCAGCUCACUGCAGCAGCGGCAGCGAGACAGGGACACCGGAAGAGCUUGCUGAUUAUGACAGCAGCUCAGGCGUGGAAUCUCGCUCGGAGGACAAGCAGCGCACACCCGUACCCCCAGCCCAACCCGAUAUUGAGCAGGACCUCGGCAUUCACCUAGAAAAGGGGGACGUGGAAGGCGAAGAAGAGGAAGCUGAGACUCUCCCUGCCGAUGAGGUUAUGGGCGACCCUCCCACUGCACACACCUCGGCUCCCUCCUCACCAUCUUCUUCAGGUGACGAGGCCAGUGAUACUGAAGGGGAAAUUCAGAUCAAUGACCCCAGCUCCCACAUUAUUGACAACGCAAACUUGGAUGGUAAGUCUGGUGCCCAUGACCAACCAGCUCUGGACGAGUCAGGGGAGGAGGAUGGGGGGACACCUCAGUCUGCUGCCUCUGUACCCUCUUAUGCCUUUGACUGUCCCACAUCCAAUGCACACUCCACAGCUGAAAGCUGUGGAAAAAGCCCAGGUCUCUUUUCUCUGGAGAAUGAGGAGCAGCUGCUUGAGGACGCCAAGGAUCCAUGUUUAGUCCAGGAGUUGACCAUGUCUGCUGCCACAGGACAUAUAGAUGAUCACCUAGGCUCCCCAGUAGCUCUUCUGCCCCUAGUUCAUAAUGAGGAGAAUGACAAGGAAGAGGAAGAUGAAGAUGAAGAGGAAGAAGAGGUCGACCCAGAUGAGGAGCAGUAUCUAUUGAGAGGGAAGUCCGAGAUAGGAUUUCCUGGCAUCCUGAGCUCCACAGGGCCGCUGGAGGCUGACGGACACCUCUCUUCACACCACCACCACACCUCUGGAGAGGAUUCUGAGUCUCAGCCUCCUUAUUUCACUGCCAUUUGUGAUAAAACGGAUAACGCUCUGGCAGGUAACGUAUAGUUCCACCUGUGUGAUGCACCUAUUUCUGCCCCCUUGUUCCUUAUUCUUCCUGCUGCUGGGGUAGACGUUGUAGAAGCAGGGAAGGUAAGAGGCGGCGCUUAAGAAAAUGAGGGGAUUAAUCUACUAGAUGUAUCCAUGCCACUACUUCUGUGAUGUUACUACUGUGGUCAUAAUUAAGUCAAUGGUUUCAACUUCUCUACGUUCAAUAGCUACUACAAUUACUUGUCUGUAUUCUUCUUGGCUUAUUUGCAUAUCUGAUCAGCUAAACUGGCAUGGAUUGACCAGUCUGUUAUGUAAGGGUUCAGGGGUUGUUGGGGGCACUUAAGGACUGUUUUGGGGAGGGGGCAGAAUACAACGGAAUGGACUCUACCUUUUGUGUAAUUAUCCUACUGUUUUUACCAAACAAAGUUGUUUUUUUUGUAUGUCUAUUUUAUUUCUGUUCCAUGUUAUGAGAAUCGAAAACCUGUCUUUUCUUCGUGUACCCGAUUCUGUUUAUGGGAAUCAGUAUCUUUACUUAUAUUUGUUCUGAUUCCGAAAACAAUGCCGUUUUAGCUUUGACUAAAAUUUUAGCACAACUCUCUUUUCUUCCCCAUGGCCAGUUUUACUUCUAGUUGUGUAGGGAAGCUGAACAGCCAAGUUCUAGGAUCUUAGGUUUCUCCAGUACAUAGAAGGCUCCAUAUUUAUCAUUCAUAUUUGCUGGAAAGCAGGCUUUAAAAGGCCCCUGGACUCCUUUCAAUGUUCCCUCCAGGCUUCAUUAUCGUUGCUACUUUUUCAGAAUCACCAGACCAAACUACCUAAAGUUCUCGACGUAAUUUCUAAACUUGGAACGCUUCAUUAAAAAGUAUCGGACUUCUGGCACAUUUCAGACAUGCAGCGCAAGUUCCCUUUGUAAUUUUGCAAUUUAUAUAAUUCAGGCAUUUAAGUAACCGGAAACUUUGCUAUGAAGCUGGAUCGCAAAAUCUCAGGAAACAGCGUAGAAUGAUGGCAGGAUUUCCUGAAUAUGUGACGACGAGGAUAUUUGUGUUCGCGUGCGGCUGAACUCAAAAGCAAUGGUAUUUUCAAUUGGAACUUAAACUGGUCUAUGAAAUGGUAUUAAAUGCAGAAUCUUGGUAUAAAAA